AUGUUGAUAACGUCCAGCAAAACAUUCGUCAUAUUUUUAUUGGCAACAUGUUGUGGCAUGGCCUCGUCCACUUCUCUAAAUACAUUAACACCAGCUGCAGUGAAUUCUACAGCUGUUGGCAACAGCACAUUAUCUUUGCCAGAAACAUUUGAGUGCCCCAACAUGGACAUACGCAACGAAUGUGAAAAUUUGGCGCAUUUAGAAAAUUGCACUGUCAUCACGGGAUAUAUGAUUAUUGUCCUUUUAUCGACCAACGACACCUGUGAUUAUUCCCAAUAUAGUUUUCCAAAAUUACGCGAAGUCACAGAUUUUGUGCUAUUUUCAAAAGUGACAAAUUUAACAUCAUUCCGUGAUAUGUUUCCUAAUCUAACUGUGAUACGAGGACGAAAAGUAUUUCUGAACUAUGCUUUGGGUAUAUCAUCGAUGGACUCUUUGGAAAGGGUGGAAUUUCCUCGCUUGGUAGCCAUUCAACGUGGACAUGUUUUUAUUGGUAGCAAUCCAAAACUAUGCUUCGUGAAUAAGAUAAAUUUUAAUCGCUUAACCUUGGCACCAGGUGAGAAUCACAUAUUUCCUGUUACGGAUGUCAAAUGUCCGGCCAUUGAUCCAUGUUCGGGCUGUAAUUCGGGUUAUUGUUGGUCAAAUAUGCGAUGCCAGAAAUUCGAAAAUGAUAAUGUCGUUAAAAUGCAGGAGGGAAUACAACACUGCGAUCAACAAUGUUUGGGCGGUUGUGACAAUCAUGGCUGUUAUGUAUGUCGCUCAUGGACCGAUCACGGUGUAUGUGUCGAUGAGUGUCCUCCAGACAAGUAUAGUUCUGCAGAUUAUUUACGUUGCUAUACCCGUGAAGAGUGUAUUGCCAAGAAAUUAGCCAUUUACAAAAAUACUUGCGUAACAUCGUGUCCCGGGGGAUAUUUCAAAAAUAAUAUCACACAAGAAUGUGACUCUUGUACUGGUGUAAAUAAUUGUAUUAAAGUCUGUCACCCUCGAAAAGAUUCAAAUCCUUUUUGGAUUCAUACAUUGGAAGACGUCGAAUAUCUCAAUGGUUGUCAAAUAUGCAAUGGCAGUAUUGUUAUAAAUUUAAGAAAUCGUAUUGAUGAAUCAGAAUUGAUGAAAUAUCUCGCCGAUAUUGAGGAGAUUGUGGGCCAUUUAAAGGUUUAUAAAUCUCCAUAUUUAACAUCAUUGAAGUUUUUUCGAAAUCUUCGCAAAAUCCAUGGAAAACCAUUGGAACUCCAACAUUAUUCCUUGGUUAUAUAUAAAAAUAAGAACUUACGUGAACUUUGGCCAGUUCGAAAGGGAUUUGAAUUGAUAAAUGGUGGCAUUUCGAUACAGGCCAAUGAUAAGCUAUGCAAUCGAGUUAUAAGAACAUAUAAAAAUGACGUUAUACAUGAUCGUAGUUUGGAUUCAAUACAGAUUAGUGACCAAGAGGUCUUGUGUGCACCGGCAAAAUUAAAUUUAUUUGUGGAGGUUCUCUCCCAUCGUUCCAUAAAAUUCACAUGGUCAAAAGAUGAAACAUUUGAACAAGUUGAAAUUAUAUAUCGGCCCAUAGAUCCCAAUAAACCCUUUAAUGACGACAGUGAAUUGGACACAAACGUAUGUGAACGCAUAUUUUGGCAAAGAGAUUUAAAAUUUACCCAGGAUUUGGAUAAAAACAACACCCAUUACUUCUAUAAAAUACAAAAUCUGGCGGCCAAUACCAAAUACGCAUGCUUGGUAAAAACAUUUGGUCAAGAUGAUGCCGCUCCAGCGGCACGUAGUGAAAUUAAAUUUAUUACAACUCAAGUGAAUGUACCACCGCCUCCAUUGAUACGCAUUACAAAGAAGACCUCUAACUCGUUGACAUUGCAAUUGUCCUAUGAAAAUCAUGAAGAUCAAUUGGUGGAUUUUUAUAUGCUGGAAGUUUAUGAAAUUCCAGAAAACCAACAUUUGUUAGAUCAGCGGGAUUACUGUAUAGAUGGAGUAAAACAAUUUUCCGAUUAUCACAAUGAAGAUUAUGAUGAUUGCUGUAGUCGUCGAUUGGAAGAAGCCGAGGAUGAUCUAUUUAAACGACAAUUGGAAAAAGAGUUCUCAUGUUCACUGGAUAAUAAAAAAUAUUGCACAAAUAAUCCACUGGAGGAUAACUAUACAAAUAAUGCUAAUGCUUUGUUGACCAAACGUCUAGAGCACGCAGAGACGAACUAUACCAUACGUUCAUUGGAACGUUAUCAACUUUAUGGUAUUCAAGUUCAGGCAUGUAAUCGUGCUGGCUGUGGCUCUUUUCGUAUUAUUAACGAAAGGACCAAUUAUUCCGAGGCAGCGGAUAGAAUAUAUGAUUUGACGGCCUGUAAAAUGUCACACAAUAAUGAAUAUCGAGUGCACUUUAAGGAACCUAAGAAUCCUAAUGGCUACAUAACUCUGUACGCUAUACAUUUUAGAUAUUUGAAUGCAUCCACAAAUGGAACCUACCAGGGUCAUAUGCAUUGUGUGACACGUAGCGAACAUCAACGCAACAAUUAUCUAUAUCAAGGUUACCUCAAUUCAACUUUCAAUCAAGCUGCUGUCCGUGUGGAAUCAUUUGGCCACCUCACAUUUACCGAUUGGGUUGCCAUUACUAAUUGCAAUGGGGUACAGAUGGUAUAUGCAAAAACAAAAUUAGCUGGUCGUUCUUCACAUGGUUGGAAUAUAUUUUUGGUUUUCUUCAUAUUGGGAGCAGCAGGAACAUUUUUGUGGGUAUGUUACAAACGUAAAUAUUGGCGCAAAAUACCUCAACUGCGUAGGUAUUUGCCGGUAUAUGCAAAUCUGCAGUCGCUACGUAGAGAUACCAGCAAUGAUGAGGAUCGUCAAAUUUUGGUCGAUGGCUUUGAAACUGUACGAUUUCAUAAUAGUCCCGAUGAUGAUAAGAAAUAUUUGGUCCAUUAA